AUGCUAUCACGAGGGGGGGAUAUCUUCCCUGAAGACAUCGAGAAUAACAUGGCCGUCCUGCCGGAAGUGGAAGCUACCACAAAAGAAGUCAUCAUCUAUGAUAUAGGAGUAGAUGAUCCACACGCGACUCCGGAGGAACGUGAGCGACUUCGUCGCAUCAUCUGGAAGCGACGCCACUUGCUGAUAGGAGCCGGUAAUGCUCUACCACCAGCCGCCUACGGAGCUAUUUGCGACGUUGAUGUCGGAACUGCUAAACCGGUAGCACAGCGCUGCCGACGGGUAGCGCCGCAAUUUCGCGAGCAGCUGUCAAUGCUCCUCAAGGAACAGCUGUCGGCCAAGAUCAUCACCAACUCCACCUCGCCCUGGGCGUCACCCAUCGUAGUCAUCAUCAAGGCUAACGGAGUCGACAUCCGCCUCUGUUCGACUACCAGCCUGACGAGACUGAUGGUGUAUCCCAUGCCGUUGAUCAACGACCUCCUCGAAGAUUUAGAUAAGGCACUGUGGUAUUGCUUCCUUGAUAUGACCAUUGGUUUCUGGGUGGUAUCAAUGACCCCGCGAGCAAGGCUGGUGUCGGCGUUCAUCACAUCGUUUGGGCUAUUCGAGUGGACGAAGAUGCCGUUCAGGUUGAAGAACGCACCUAAGAUCUAUCAACGGACCGUCGACAAUGCAAUAUACGGUCACAUGCACAUCAAGCCCGAUCAGGAUAGAUCGGACCGCAUGGACGUCUUCAAGGAAGGAGAGCCGGAGCCGGAACCUAAGCCAUCGGUCCUCGGGCGGAGGUCAUACGUGGACGGCAUCCUCGUGACAGACGACACGUGGGAUAGCAUGUGCAAACGGGUCGACAAGCUGCUCGACGUCUGUGAUCGAUGGAACUUGUCGAUCAAACUACUGGGGUCGACACAAGGUGGCAUAUCUGGGACACGAAGUAUCCCGGCCGGUCUGGAAGCAAAACCGAAGGAACUCGAAGCAAUCGCCAACCUUCCGUUCCCCACUAAGCUGAAAGCGAUGCAGUCAUUCCUCGGAAGCUUGGAUUAUUACAGUCGUUUCGUUGAGGCUUUCGCAGUCUACGCCGUGAUCCUGUACGAGCAGCGGGAGGCGGACUUUCACGAAAUCGCCAGGAUGAACACAGAAGGGACUCGGGAGACGCAGGCUGAUGACGGCCUAAUAACUGCGGGCGAGCGCGAUAGGUGGGCGAGAGCGAAGAAUGCAUUCACUAUGUUGAAAGCGAAGAUUAUCGCCACGCCAGUCUUGAAACACUUCGUCCCAGAACGUACUCCCGUCAUCGUGCUCUACUCGAACAAAUGGGCUAUAUCGGCGGCGGCAUUGAUACAGGAACACAAAGGUGUAUACCAUCCGGUGACUUCACCAGUCGCACACUGA